AUGGAUCUUGCUGUCACCAAUUAUGGCACCAAUAAUGUCGGUAUAUUCCUUGGAACUAGUAACGAUUCUUUUGCAAAGCAAAACACGUUCUCAACUGGUGUCAAUUCCCAUCCAUAUUCGCUUGCCGUUGGUCAUUUAAACGAAGAUACUAUUCUAGAUAUUGCCGUCACCAACUAUGGAAAUAAUAGUGUGGGUGUACUUCUGGGCCAUGGUGAUGGGACUUUUCUGAGCCAAAUGACAUAUUCGCUCGGUGUUGCUUCUCCAUAUGCUGUUGGCAUUGGUGACUUCAACAACGACAAUAGAAUGGAUUUAGUUGUCACCAAUAAUGGCACUCACAAUGUUGCUGUAUUUCUGGGAUAUGGUAAUGGCUCUUUUCUAAGCCCAACAAUGUAUUCAACUGGGUCUUCCUCUUCGAUCUCUGUUGCCAUAGGUGAUUUGAACAGAGACCAACGUGCCGACAUUGUAGUCAUCAACAAUGAUACGAACAGCAUAAGUAUUCUACUUGGCUAUUAUGAGGUCUCUUUUGAAAAUCAAACGACAUAUUCAACUGGCUCUCAGUCAGUCUUUGCAGCUGUUGGUGAUUUUAACAACGAUACCCAACUGGAUAUUAUUCUCGCUAAUUUGCACGAAAACACAAUAGGUUUACUCUUCGGAUAUGGCAAUGGUUCUUUUUCAAAUCAGACGAAAUAUUCAACUGGCUCACAGCCGUCUUUUGUAGCUGUUGGUGAUCUCAACAACGACAGCCAACUAGAUAUUGUCAUCGCUAACUUGGGUGAUGUUACUAUAAGUGUACUUCUCGGAUACGGCAAUGGCUCUUUUGAAAAUCAAGCGACAUAUUUAACUGGAUCAGGUCAAUCUUCUGUAGCCCUUGGUGAUUUUAACAACGAUAGCCGAUUCGAUAUUAUCAUUACUAAUUAUUAUGACAACAAUGUUGGUGUACUUCUCGGAUAUGGCAACGGAUCUUUUGCUAAUCAAAUGACAUAUUCAACUGGGGAUGGGCCAGUGUCUAUAGCUGUUGGUGAUUUGAAUAGCGAUACUCAAUUAGAUAUCGUCCUUGCUAACGAUAAGGACAACACUAUAAGUAUACUUCUCGGACACGGCAAUGGAUCUUUUGCAAAUCAAGUGAAAUAUUCAAUUGACGCUUGGCCAUCUUCUCUAGCUGUUGGUGAUUUUAAUAACGACGCCCAGUUGGAUAUAGUCGUUACUAAUGGGUAUCACUUGACUGUUACUGUACUUCUCGGAUAUGGCAACGGAUCUUUUGCAAAUCAAACGACAUAUUCAACUGGCGACCAACCGUUCUUUGUAGCUCUUGCUGAUUUCAAUAACGACACUCAAUUGGAUAUCAUUGUCACUAAUAUUUUGGAUCGUGAUAUAAGUGUGUUACUCGGCUACGGCAAUGGAUCGUUUGCCGAUCAAAUGAGAUGGUCAACUGGCUCAUGGCCAUCGUCUGUAGUUGUUGGUGAUUUUAAUAACGACAGACAACUAGAUGUCGUCGUCACUAAUCAGCUUGCCAGUACUUUAAGUGUACUGCUUCGUUAUGACCGAGGAGCUCUAAAAGAUAAAAUCGAAUUUGCCUCUGAAGCUGGUAGUCGCUUGCAAAAUGUUGUCGUUUUUGAUUUAAAUAACGACAGUCUACUGGAUAUUAUUGUUGCCAACUAUGGUACGAAUAACAUAGGUGUCAUAUUAGGACAAGCAAAUGGUACUUUUUCAAACCAAACGGUAUUUCCAACAGGCUUAAAUUCUUCUCCGUACUCAAUCGCUAUCGAUGAUUUUAGUCAAGACGGUCAUGCAGAUAUUGUAGUUGCUAAUCAUGGCUCUAAAAACAUUGAUAUAUUUCUGGGAAAUGGUAACGGAACGUUUAGAAGUCAACCAAGUGAUAGCAUUGAUACUGGCUUCGCUCCAUCAAGUAUUGCGACUGGUGAUUUCAACAAUGACGGACAUCCAGAAAUUGUUGUCGCAUAUGAUGGCCUUGAUUAUGUAGAUGUGUUUGCUACCUUGGAAAUCGUCGAUUUUCCUGAUAGAAGGAAAUAUUCCACAGGCUCCUGGCCUCUCUCUGUAGCUGUUGCUGAUUUCAAUAACGACAGUCAGCUGGAUAUCAUCGUCCCUAAUUGGGGAAGCAACACUCUUAGUGUACUUCUGGGAUAUGGUAAUGGGUCUUUCGCCGAACAACUAACAUACUCAACUGGCUCUCAGCCAGUCUUUGCAGCUGUUGGUGAUUUUAACAAUGAUAAUCGACUAGAUAUCGUCGUCGUUAACCGUCAGGAAGACACAAUAAGUGUACUUCUCGGAUAUGGGAACGGGUCUUUUGCAAAUCAAAUGAAACAUUCAACUGACGUACGGCCAUCUUCUGUAGUUGUUGAUGAUUUCAAUAACGACAACCGGUUGGAUAUAGUCGUUACUAAUUUGUAUGGCAGUACUGUAAGUGUACUUCUUGGAAAUGGAAAUGGUUCUUUUGAAAAUCAAACAAGAUAUUUAACUGGCUUGGGACCAGACUCUAUAGCUGUUGGUGAUUUUAAUAACGAUGCUCAACUGGAUAUCGUCGUCACUAAUUUGUAUAAUAAUACUAUAAGUGUACUUCUUGGAUAUGGUAAUGGGUCUUUUGCAAAUCAAAUGAAAUAUUCCACUGACGAUACCCCAUACUCCGUAGCGGUUGGUGACUUUAAUAACGACAGUCAACUGGAUAUUGUGGUUUGUAAUCAUGACACCAGCAGUGUUAGCGUUCUUCUCGGAUAUGGCGAUGGCACUUUUGCAAAUCAAACGAAAUAUUCAACUGGUGUUUCUCCAACCUUUGUAACUGUCGAUGAUAUUAAUAGUGAUACUCAUUUGGAUAUCAUUGUCGUUAAUCGUGGUGACAAGUCUAUUAGUGUAUUUCUUGGAUAUGGCAGCGGGUCUUUUGCCAAUCAAAUGAAAUUUUCAACUGGCACUGGGUCAUUAUGGGUAGCUAUUGGCGACUUUAAUAACGAUACUCAACGGGAUAUCGUCAUCUCUAAUGAUGAUGGCACCACUGUAAGUGUACUACUCGGAUAUCAUUAUAAACGCUUUGUGAAACAAAUGACACUCAUAACUGGCAAAGAGUCUCGACCAAGGUCAUUCGUCGUUGAGGAUUUUAACAAUGACAGUCAAGCAGAUAUAGGAGUCACAAAUUCUGGCACUAAAAGCAUGGGUAUUUUUCUGGGACAUGGCAAUUACUCUUUCACAGAUCAAAUGACAUUUUUAACUGGCUCUACUCCUGUCUCUGCAGCAGUUGGCGAUUUCAACCAGGAUACAAUAUUGGAUAUCGCCAUCGCUAAUCACGGCGAUGACAAUGUUGUUGUAUUUCUUGGAUACGGCAAUGGCUCUUUUUCAAGCCAAAAAACAUUUACAACCGGCGAUAAAUCUCAACCCAACGCAGUCUCAGUUGGAGAUUUCAAUAAUGACAGUUUACUAGAUAUUGUCGUAGCCAAUUAUGGCACCAACACGCUAGGUAUAUUACUUGGAUAUGGUAAUGGGUCCUUUGCAGAUGUAAACCUGUUAUUGCUCGGCUAUGGAUCUCUUCCGUUCUCCAUUUCCGUUGGUGAUUUUAACAAUGACGGAAAGCAGGAUUUUGCAGUAGCCAACAAAGAUACUGACAAUGUUGAAGUUCUAUUACAGAUUUGUUGAUGCUGCAGUUUCUACCAUGAACCUUUCUUUUCCUUUGCUUUAUUUUUUCUAACUUUUAUUGAUUCAUACUUACAUUUAUUUUAAGUUUUUGUACUGUUCAUUUCUUGAUUUUCGUGCUCAUAUAAGAUGUGAUGAAGAUUGAUAUUCUCAAUGGAUGUGACUGCGGAUGUGUAGAAUUAUCAUAAUAAUAAGUAGUAUUGCGAUUUUUCAUAAUCUUAUCAAAUGGCAUGCAUUCAUAUGAAUGAUUCAAAAGUUUAAACCCAAUACAAAAUUUUGACGAGGGAGAUAUCUCAACUGUUUAAAAGCUUUUGACUCCAUCUUUUGGCUAUAAGUAGGUUUCAGUCAGACUAAGAAAACCCUAAAAGGCUUCGUGCCCAUGAUUCUUCCUUCCCGAGGGUGGGUGUGGGUGUGUGGGUGGGUGAGGUGUGGGUCUGGAUGUAGCUGUGGGUGUGGGUGGGUGUGGAUGUGUGGGUGUGGUGAGCUGUGGGUGUGGUGAGGUGUGGGUGUGGGUAGUUGUGAGAGUGAAGAAUAAAUUGUCCACCCUCACACCCAAACCACACCCCAAAACAAAUAAACGACCAUGAACAUUUCAUCAUUUAAAUGAGAUCAA